AUGAGAAUACUCUAUGUACAAUAUGAGAAGUGGGGUCUACAAGUAAGUCUUAAAAAAACAGAAUAUCUAGUAGUCAAUAGUGAAGCGGCCUUUGAAGUUCUGAUUACCGAUGAUACUCAGGUCACACAGGUCAACAACUUCAAAUAUUUAGGAUCAAUCGUGACUAAACAGGGCAUUGGAGAGGACGAAAUUAAACUCCGCAUUCAAGCUGGCAAGAGAGUAGUGGGAUGCUUGAAUUCAUUGUGGUGGGAUCAGCAUCUCUCUCUUAGAACCAAAAAACGGCUGCGACAAAUCUUGGUGGAAUCUGUGGUGUGUUAUGGUUGUGAAGUAUGGGCUCUAACAGCCGAAAUGAAACGGAGAGUUACAGCAGUCGAAAUGAACUAUCUCAGAAGGAGCGCAGGUGUAUCGAAAAUGGACCGAAUUACCAACAUAGAGAUCAGACACCGAAUGAAUGCCCCAGAGACAAUUAUAGACAGGGCCGAAAUCAGAGGUCUCAAGUGGUUUGGCCAUCUAUCAAGAAUGCCGGAAGAUGAAUGGCCUCUUCAAAGCCUCAAGAGUCCUCCACAAAGAAGAAAGCGAGGUAGACCAAGAAGGUCGUGGAACAACACAAUUAGGCAAGAGAUGGCAUCCAGAGAGCUGGAAGAACUGGAUGCAUUUGAUAGAGAGGUUUGGCGAAGGCGAAUGGGAAAGCAGCAGUAG